UUCCCUUUCUUGGUUUGAUUUGGGUAAUUUGUGUCGUCUUUUGUGACAAAAAAAAAGCUUGAAAAGAUUCUAAACUGUAAAUGUAGGAGUUGAUUGAGGAGCGGUGGUAAAGCAGAGAAAAGCCAAAGCACACGGGGCACAUUCUGAAAUACUCCCUCAACCCUCGCUUCACAUUUCUUGUUUUCAGUGCCGGUGCUUUUUCAGAAGAGCGUUUGUGCCUCGUGUCACCCACAGGUGCCGGUAUCUCAGAGAUGCAAGUCGACCCGAAGAAGGACGAAGCCUCGUGGAAUGGAUUCCGUGGAUGCAUGCUCAACAUCACUAAAGCCAUCCCUGUUGAGAAGCACCAGAGCACGCUCCUCUUCCUGGGAGCGACGGCUGGAAUGAGACUGCUGCAUGAGAAGGAUGAACAGAAGUCCAAUGAAAUCCUGGGAAGUCUCAGAGAAUACCUGAAGACGCUGCCUUUCAGCUUCCAAAACGCUUCCAUCAUCACGGGUCAGGAGGAAGGGCUGUACGGCUGGGUCACGGUCAACUACCUCAUGGGAAACCUCCUCAUGAAACACUUUUGGAACAUCUACGCACACCCAAAAGGGGAAAAGACCAUCGGGUCCAUGGACCUCGGGGGAGCGUCCACACAGAUUGCCUUCGCGGUCCAGGAGGAUCUCCAGGACCGGACUAUUUGCACGUCAAGCUGUACGGCUACCCGUACAACGUCUACACACACAGUUUCCUCUGCUACGGCAAAAAUGAGGCUGGGAAGAGGAUCCUGGACAAAAUAGUGAAGGUGCACAUCUUUUCUUUCCGUCCUCUGCAUGCGUGUGUGUUCAGAAGACAUGCAAAGCCACAUCUUCCUCACGCCGUGAGGGUGAGCGCGGCGGUGGGAGUGUGUGUCGUUUAGCAUGCGUGUGCAAGCCCACAUCCAUUAAGGCCCAGUGAACCACUGAUUAGUGCACACUGCUGUCCCGGAGUUACUGUAACGCAAAGUCCAGGAUGCAUUAUGUCAUAAAGAAUAUUGAUCGUCUACGUCAUACGUGUCAAACUCAAAAUGUGGCCCGCCACGUCAUUUUAUGUGGCCCGCGACGGCAUGAAAUAAAUAUGAUGCCUUUUCUUAAAAAAGGGAGGGCAAA